AGAAAAUUAGUCCCACCCAUUCCCCUACAAAUUUGGGAGGGAGGUUUCUCUCCUUUUCCCACCUAAACACAAAAUCAGAUAUCAGAUAUUGGGUUCUCAUCCUCUGCUUGAAUUAUACCCAAUUGCUUAAGAGAGAGAGAUGGGCGCUGAUUGGGGACCAGUGGUUGUUUCUGUGGUUCUAUUCAUUCUGUUGUCACCAGGGCUGCUGUUCCAGCUACCGGCAAGGACAAGGGUGGUGGAGUUUGGGAACAUGUGUACCAGUGGGAUUGCCAUUCUGGUUCACGCUAUCAUCUACUUCUGUAUUCUUACCAUCUUGCUCAUUGCUGUCGGUAUUCACAUACAUGCCGACUAAUUCCAUGACUGGUGUUGUUUUUGUUUUUUGUUUUUCACCUUCAAGUCUAGCUUCUUGCUUUAUCUCUGUUUUUCUUUUCCCUUUUAAGUUUGUUUUCCUUUUAAUUUCCUUCCGGGAAUGGUUGUAUCAUUUGUUUGGGUGACAAGAAAGAAAGCAAUCUAUCUUCGCGAUCAAUUGUAUUAGAAA